AAUCCUAUCUGAAGUACUGAUUCGCAGUGUUGCUCCUUCACACUCGCACGAUUAUUAGGGUUUAUAUAGAAGUACUGCGUCGUCAGGAGGAAACUUGGGGUUGGGGGCUGGUUUUACUCGCCGACUCGCCUCCGAUUUGCAUAGUAAACCUCCGAUCAGGUGGAAAUUAGCAAUUUGAAAAUGGGAAGCAAAGGUCGAAUGCCACCUCCUCAUCUAAGACGCCCUGUUGCUGGCCCUGGCAUGGUGCAUCCUGACCCAUUUGGUCCUGGAAUUCGGCCCCCACCUGGAGCAUAUCCUCCUUUUGACAUGUUGCCUCCUCCAGAGGUUAUGGAACAGAAGCUUGCUGCGCAACAUAUGGAGAUGCAGAAACUUGCAACCGAGAAUCAGAGACUUGCUUCUACCCAUGGGACAUUGAGACAAGAACUUGCCACCGCACAACAUGAGCUGCAGAUGUUUCAUGGUGAGAUAGGAGCCAUAAAGUCCAGAAAAGAUCAGCAAAUGAGGGGCCUUGUGGAAAAAAUUGGAAAGAUGGAAGCUGAACUUCAAGCAUCUGAAUCUGUGAAGUUGGAGUUGCAGCAAGCACGUGCAGAUGCCCAGAGCUUGGUUGCAGCAAGGCAAGAACUUAUAUCUAAAGUGCAACAAUUGUCUCAGGAUCUUCAGAGGGCCCAAUCAGAUGUGCAGCAGAUUCCUGCUUUAAUGUCUGAACUUGAGAGCCUCAGACAAGAGUAUCAGUAUUGCAGGGCUACUUAUGACUAUGAGAAGAAAUUAUACAACGAGCAUCUUGAAUCUCUUCAGGUGAUGGAGAGGAACUAUAUGAACAUGGCCAGGGAGGUGGAAAAACUUCGGGCAGAGUUGACUAAUAAUGCUAACAUUGACAGAAGAGCUGGUGGGCCUUAUGGUGGUCCUACUGGAUACAAUGAGAAUGAGGGUUCUGGGCAUUACCCAGUUGGACAAAACAACUACGAAGAUAAUUAUGGUGCUCCUCAGGGACAUGGUCCCCUCCCUCCUGCUGUAAGUGGUGGACCUCCAGCUGCUGCCGUUGCUGGUGCUGGUGCUGGUGGUACUCCUGGUCAUGUUGGAGCCCAAUCUGGACCUACUCCAACAAGGGCUGGUUAUGAUGCACCCAGAGGGCCCAGUUAUGAUGCACAAAGAGGACCUGGUUACGAUGCACAGAGGGGACCUAAUUACGAGACACAGAAGGGAACAGGAUAUGAUGGGCAGAGGGGACCUGGUUAUGAUGUGUCGAGAGUAUCUGGUUAUGAUGCGCCGAGAGUAUCUGGUUAUGAUGCACAGAGAGGACCUGGCUAUGAUAUCCAGAGAGGAUUCGGUUAUGAUAUUCAGAGAGGACCUGGAUACGAUGUACAUAGAGGGCCUGGAUACGAUGUACAGAGGGGACCUGGAUUCGAGGCACAGAGAGGACCCGGUUAUGAUGUACAAAGAGGAUUUAGUAAAGAAGCAACCAAGGGUGCUGGCUAUGAUGCACCAUCCAGAGGUGCAGUUGGACCUCAAGGGCAAGUGCCACCUGCAACCAAUGCUCCGUAUGGGUCUGCAACACCCCCUAAUCGUGCUGGAAGUGGGUAUGAGGCACUGCCGCAUGGUGGGAACCCCGUUCGAAGAUGAGCUUGAAACAUUGCUCCUGUGAUUGGUGUUCUUUGACAAUUUCUUUUGUUUGCAGUAGUUUUCAUCAUGAUAUAUCACCUACAUUUGCCUUCUCUUUCUUCCCUACUCAUCCUUUUUCAGGAAGCGCUCUAUUAAGAAUGAUUUGAGUUGGUGACAAUUCAUGCAUUGGUUGGUAAAGUUUAACCAAUUGUAUUUGGGAGAUAAGAUUUUGAAGCCUUCCUUCUGCAGAUAUUUGUCGUUUCCAGCAGCAUCUUUAUUUAUUUCUUUAGCAUGGUCUUGUUUCUUA